GAUGCAUGUUCAUGCUCCGCCUCAACUCUGCCCGCCCAUUCCCUUGCUCACUCUACGGAAGUAAAUCCUUGGGCCUUGACGCUGUUGUAGACAGUGAGCCAGUGUGAGAGACAGCGACGGACACGGAAACAUUCAUAUUCCGCUUGGAGCCUGGCAUCGCUACUCGACUUGUCCGUGACUCCGUGGUAUAUAAGUCAGGCUGGUCACGAGCCUAGUUUCUGGACCGAGUCUUGACUCUACUAGUGAUGCAUCAAGCUUUAAUUAUUCCAGAAGUCCUCCUGGAGGUAUUCACCCAUGUGAAUAAAUCCUCAUUCACUCGAAUAACAUCGGCUCGGAAAUCUCUUGCAGCGCUUGCAAUCACAUGCAAAAUGUUCCACGAGCCCGCGAUGGAUUUGCUGUGGGCUGAAAUAAAUCACCUAGAACCCUUGCUAGGCUGUGUAACGAGGUUGCAUCCACUGAUAUAUCGUAGUGGCAGUACAAGGUGCAAGCCCUGGAUGAUAGGCGUCGAACCGUUAUCUGCCCAUGAGGUCCAUCAAUUUCUGCGUCACUCCGCGCGUAUUCGCACAUUGAAAAUACAAUCCGAUCAUCAUUUUCACCUUCUCUCUGGCAUCCCUGCCGAAGCAUGCGUAUUUCCAAGGUUGAGGUCGUUAACGCUUUCUACCAAAUAUUUGGAUCUCUUCCUGCCCCAUACGCUGCACCAAUGUCAUCUAUUGACUGCCAAUGAGAAUCUGCAAUCUAUUGCAAUACGUUGCACUGCUUUGGAGCACUUACGCAUCUAUGCUUCUGAUGUGUAUGCUGAUACCAGGAUGGCAGAUGAGCUCUCCCUGCUAGCUGAUAGGAUCCGUUUGUGCACGCGGCUUGUAACUCUGUCUUGUCUAAUGCUCGACUGGGAAGCAUGGAAGCACAUCUCCUACCUCCCUACCCUUCUCAGAAUGGAAAUUAAUCAUGGAGGUGUCUCUCCUUCGCCGUUGGGACGGGAUAUCGUCAAUUUACCACCAUUCGUCAAUAUCACGACUCUUUCCUUCCGAGAGCUGUGCGAUAUUGGAUACAUCAUCACAGUCAUGCAACACUCGCAAUUCCCCUCGCUGAAAGAGUUCGACUUAGACGUCCAAGUUAUAUAUCCAGAAAAGGCCGAGCAACUCUUUCGUGCGUUGUCCCGCUGCACGGCAUGCCAGACUCUAGAGAGAAUCUCUGUUCGUGCUUUUAAUGAUGAAUUCCAGGAAGACACCUCUUUUUCAGUAAUUCCGCAUCUCCUUUGCUUCACACAGCUCCGAACCCUGGAUCUCACGCUUUGUAAUUUCUGCAUCUACCUGGACAGUGACAUUCUCUUGCAAGCCAUGUCCACUUGGCCGCACAUCCGCACUCUGCAUAUCAACAGCUCGUGUCUUGAUCCUUUUUCAGUCUCCCUCCAUGGAUUAUUUACAAUGCUCGGUCUAUGUCCACAAUUGCAUACACUGCAAGUUCCAAUCAAUGUUACAACUAUCGACAUCGAUCCUGAUGCUGAGCCAAUACAACAUACCGCCCUACGAUCAUUGGAAUUGGA